UUACUUUCUCGUAAAGAGUAUCUAUCCAGUCGAAAUGGAAUCCAGUGUGCCAACAUUCAAUAUUCUUAAUGAAAUGCGUCAGCUCGGUUGUAGAAAUGAGGUCCACUGUGCAGCAGCCUACCGGCUCUAUCUACAUCUGUGUGAAGAACGAUGCCUCUGGGACGUGCAGUAUCACUACUCGGCGGAGCUGGACGUAAUCUACAUAACCGCCCGCAAGCAGAAGAACGCUCCAACGGCGGACGUCUACAUUCCGGUGGCGAGCUUCGAAGGCCUCGCAAUGGACAGCGUAGAACGCUACCAAACGGUUCUAGCGGCUAAACCGCGGCCGCUAGACGAGAACAAAGAAAGCUGCGAAUCGCCGUGCAGCAUCGUGCUCGGUUUCUGCGAUCCCAGCUCGACUGUACUGCUCUAUCGGAUGACGAACCUCAUUAAGCCCAUCACCGAGAAAGCACCGUCCCGGAACAAACGAAAGCAGCACGAAAUGGAGCCGGAGGCUCACUGCAGUAGUAAGGUCAUUUGAUCGAACCAAAUCAAACUGGUGGUUUUCGGCAUCCGUUUUAGAUCUCAUCCAGUAAGGAGGUUUUUUGUUUUAAAUUACAGAAU